UAUUAAAUUAUUAAGAGAGUAGUUGCAAGCAAUUACGCACACAGAUAGAGAGAGAGAGAGAAAUAUUGCAGAGACACAGAGACAGUUAUACACAGAAAGAUAGAAAAUUUGAAAGAGAGAGAGAGAGAGAGAUAGAGAGCUUUUACAAGAAAGUACUUUGCAUAGAGACAUACAAAAAGAAAGAGAGAGAGAAUGGCAAAGAGUGAAGAUUCAGGGAGAGUUACAGCACCAAGGCCAACAAUAACACUCCCACCUCGACCAUCCAUGGAGACCCUUUUCACAGGUGGGCCUGGAGCAAGCCCUGGACCCAUGACUCUUGUCUCUUCCUUCUUCUCUGACAACUACCCUGACUCUGAUUGCCGUUCCUUCUCUCAGCUUCUCGCUGGAGCCAUGGCCUCUCCUCUAGCCACUCCCACCUUCUUCACCCACAAAGACAAUUCUUUGAAGGACAACACUUCUGGGUUUAAGCAAAGUAGGCCAACCAAUUUGGUUGUUGCUUCCUCACCAUUGUUCACUAUUCCACCUGGCUUGAGCCCCUCUGGCUUUCUCAACUCCCCUGGAUUCUUUUCUCCUCAGAGCCCCUUUGGAAUGUCCCACCAGCAGGCCUUGGCACAGGUUACAGCUCAAGCUGCACUAGUCCAAUCUCACAUGAACAUGCAAGCUGAAUUUCAACCUUCUACACUAGCAGCUUCUACAGAGUCAUUGACGCAUAAUCCAUCCUUUACUAUAAGUGAAGCUUCACGACAGCAGAUGGUACCCUCAACAUCAGACCCCAGAAAUUCCAUGAUGGAACAAUCAGAGGCCUCACAUUCUGAUAGGAAAUACCAGCCUACCAUUGCUGUUGAUAAGCCUACCAAUGAUGGCUACAACUGGCGUAAAUAUGGGCAGAAACAGGUUAAGGGCAGUGAAUUUCCACGAAGCUACUACAAAUGUACACAUCUGAAUUGUCCUGUCAAAAAAAAGGUUGAGCGUUCUCUUGAAGGACAAAUAACUGAAAUUAUCUACAAAGGACAGCAUAAUCAUGAACUGCCUCAACCCAAUAAGCGUGCAAAAGAAGGUAGUGAUCUAAGUGGAAAUACAAAUUCUCAAGCUAAGUCAGAUCUGGGUUUGCAAAAUCAGGCUGGAAAUUGGAACAAGUCGAGUCAAGUGGUACCAGCUUAUUCAGUUCCUGAGAGGGAUCAAGAAUCUACUCAAACAGCACCCACUCAGUUAACUGGAUCAAGUGACAGUGAGGAGGAAGGUGAUGCAGAAACAAGAGAAGAGGGGGGUGGUAAUGAGCCAAAUCCAAAGAGAAGGAUGACAGAUGCUGGGACAUCUGAGGUACCUUUGUCGCACAAGACUGUGACAGAACCAAAAAUCAUUGUGCAAACAAGAAGUGAAGUUGAUCUUUUAGAUGAUGGCUAUAGGUGGCGGAAGUAUGGACAAAAGGUGGUCAAAGGCAAUCCACAUCCAAGGAGCUAUUACAAAUGCACUAGUGUGGGAUGCAAUGUCCGUAAACAUGUUGAGAGAGCUUCAACAGACCCUAAAGCUGUCAUAACAACAUAUGAGGGAAAGCACAAUCAUGAUGUCCCAGCAGCUAGAAACAGCAGCCACAACACAGCCAAUAGAAUUGCACCACAGAAGGUGGUGACUGAGAAACAUCCAUUGCUUAAGGAGAUGAAUUUUGGAAGUAAUGACCAGAGACCAGUACUUCUACAACUUAAAGAAGAGCAAAUUACAGUAUAAAGUUCCCUGCUGAAAUCUCUUAUGAUGCCAUCAUCAGUUCAGUGGUUAAUUCUAGUGGACUAACAAGGCGCAAAAUGAAGCAAUGCAGAAUAUAGAAAUUACAUGAAAGGUUUAUUAGCAUUGUCUGGAGAUGGUUACUGCAUGUGUAAUUGGUUGAUGAAACUUCCUGCAUACAGCUCCUUCUGCACUUUGAUAUUGAGAUUUGGUACCACACAUAUAUAUGAUACUGUUUACACUUAAAUCGUAGAUGACUGUAACUUACAUAUUGAUUUAGCUUAAGUUCCUUGGCUGUUCUUUUUUCCUGUUUGAUUCUCCUUAUAGGGGCUGUUUUGUAAUUGGCAAUGUGAGCUGAAGGCAAAGAACCAUGCCAAAAUUGAGAUUGUGAUGUAUGUUGGCUGGCAAAACCUUGUAUAAAGUUUUUUUUUUU